AUGCCUGUCUUAAACGCGACAGACUUGGAGGCGGUAAACCGCGUGCUGGAGCACCUGCGCGAUCAUCCCGAGGAGCUACACCGCGAAGAACUUCAGGGAUUGCGGGCGUACAUGGUUUCCCUGGGCGCCUCUAUUCCCCCAACUUCACCUACUGGGGAUAAACCGGACAGCAACGCGGCAAAAAAGGAAACAAACGAGGAGGAGGAGGAGGAAUUGAUGAGCGAGCCCGAUCCAGAGCGAUGGGAGCUGGAGGAGGUGCCCGAUGAUGGCAUCCAAGUUUCUACCGUCAGCGACCCCACCCCCGAGGAAGAAGAGGAGGCCAUGGGACUCAAGGCACAGGCGGCAGACUGUGCGGCCGGUGGGAAACUGGACGAAGCCAUCGACCUAAUGGCGCGAGCCUUACGGCUUGUGCCCGGUAAGGCGAUGUACUGGUCCCAGCGUGCGAGCUACUUACUCCAAUGCGCAAGACCGGGCGGUGCUCUGCGGGAUGCCAAUCGAGCCCUCCAAAUCAACCCCGAGAAUGUGCGGGCACUGCGUGUUCGCGGCACCGUCAACCGCCACCUGGGCAAGUGGGAAGAGGCGCUGAAGGACCUCAGCGAGGCCCAAGCUGUCGACUACGAGGAAGGACUGAAAGACCUACUGAAGAUUGUGCAGGAAAAGGCAGACGCAAUUCGCCAGUUCCGGCGACACAAGGAAGAGAAAGCACAAAGGCUGCGGCAGGAGGCCCUUCGCCGCCAGCGCGAACAAGAACAACGUGAAGAGGAGAGAGAAAGGCAAGCGCAGAGUGCUGGCGCUAGUGGCUUCCCUGGCGGCGCUGGUGGCUUCCCUGGCGGUGCUGGUGGCUUCCCUGGCGGUGCUGGUGGCUUCCCUGGCGGUGCUGGUGGAUUCCCUGGCGGUGCUGGUGGCUUCCCUGGCGGUGCUGGUGGCUUCCCUGGCGGUGCUGGUGGUGGCAUGCAAUCCUUUAUGGAUGACCUCUUUAAAGACGAGGAGCUCAGGGAGGCCAUGAAGGACCCGGAAGUGGCGGCAAAGCUCGCCACACUGCAACAAAAUCCCAUGUCCGCUCUGCAGCUGCUGAAUGACCCCAAGGUGGGCCCUCUGCUUCAGAAGAUGAUGUCCAAGGCAAUGCCUGGUGCUGCCCCGGGGUCGUUCUCCUCGGGUGCGGGUGCAGGAGCCCCUGCCAGUGCAACCCCGCACGCCUCCGCGCACCCAGAGGAUGAACUAGACUGA